AGAGAGAGAGAGAGAAAGAGAAAGGAAAGCAUUAGUCUUUUACCAGUUUGAUCCAAAUCAAAAACUGGGUUUCACUGAAAGUUGGGAUUUUGAUUCUUCUUAGUGAAGAAACAGAGUAAACGCAAGAAAGAAAAACAAGAGAAAGUUGAGAUUUUUCUCACUCUCUCAAGAACUUGAGUAUGUCUUCUUCUGUAGCAGUGUUAUGGGUUGCUACUUCUUCUCUGAAUCCAGACCCAAUGAACAAUUGUGGGUUGGUAAGAGUUCUAGAAUCUUCUAGAUUUUUCUCUCCUCUUCAGAAUCAGAGACUAAACAAAGGUAGGUGGAAGCAGACACCAACUUGGAGUUCUUCUUCUUUAAUGAACCCAAGUAGAAGAAGUGGUUUUGUGUCUUCAAGCUUAGUAGCAAGUCCUUCAGGAGAGAUAGCCCUCUCAUCUGAAGAGAAGGUUUACAAUGUUGUGCUGAAACAAGCUGCUUUGGUUAACAAACAGCUAAGGUCUUCUUCUUAUGAUCUUGAUGUGAAGAAACCACAAGAUGUUGUUCUUCCAGGGAGUUUGAGUUUGUUGGGUGAGGCUUAUGAUCGAUGCGGCGAAGUUUGCGCUGAAUAUGCUAAAACCUUUUAUCUCGGAACUUUGCUUAUGACACCCGAAAGGCGAAAGGCGAUUUGGGCUAUCUACGUUUGGUGUAGAAGAACUGAUGAACUCGUCGAUGGACCUAAUGCUUCACAUAUAACUCCAAUGGCUUUAGAUAGAUGGGAAGCAAGGUUAGAAGAUCUUUUCCGUGGCCGUCCUUUCGAUAUGCUUGAUGCUGCUCUCGCUGAUACAGUUGCUAGAUACCCGGUCGAUAUUCAGCCAUUUCGAGACAUGAUCGAAGGAAUGAGAAUGGACUUGAGGAAAUCGAGAUACCAGAACUUCGAUGAUCUAUACCUUUACUGCUACUAUGUCGCUGGAACCGUCGGAUUGAUGAGCGUCCCGGUUAUGGGAAUCGAUCCUAAGUCGAAAGCAACAACCGAAAGUGUUUACAACGCUGCCUUGGCCCUUGGUAUAGCCAAUCAGCUUACCAACAUACUCAGAGACGUUGGCGAAGAUGCGAGGAGAGGAAGGGUUUAUCUACCUCAGGAUGAAUUGGCUCAAGCUGGUCUUUCAGAUGAAGACAUAUUCGCCGGAAAAGUCACUGAUAAAUGGAGAAACUUCAUGAAAAUGCAGCUUAAACGAGCAAGAAUGUUCUUCGAUGAAGCUGAGAAAGGCGUCACAGAGCUCAGCGCCGCUAGCAGAUGGCCAGUAUGGGCAUCGUUGCUAUUGUACAGGAGAAUAUUGGACGAGAUUGAAGCGAACGAUUACAACAAUUUCACUAAGAGAGCUUAUGUGGGGAAAGUCAAGAAAAUUGCAGCUUUGCCUCUGGCUUAUGCUAAAUCAGUGCUAAAGACUUCAAGCUCAAGAUUAUCAAUAUGAUCGAGAGGAAAGUGGAACAACCUAAGAGCGCUUUUUGUGAUUAAGAAAAAACUUAGGGUCGA